AUGCAGAACGACAGAAGAAAGCGAAAGAGAAAGGCUAGAGCGGCGAACAAAGAAAAUAAAAGAAGAAAAGCUUUGUUAGCACUUGAAGAUGAGCGAGCAAUGACUGUAGCGAAGAAUGAAAGAUUGCUCCAUCUUGUGAGGAAGUAUUACACUAAAUGGCAUGCUCUACAUCUUCGUGAACGGGUAGGAACGCCAUUUGGUGUAAUUUUUCGUAGUCCGUUAAAUAUCAUCUAAUGUUUACAGUGAAGGGUUAAGACUUUUAACAUCUGCCGCUUCGGCAAAUAUCUCACAGCUAUUUAUUCAUUACUAAUUGAAGUAGCCAGGGGCCCGUUUCCUCGAAAGCCCCGGUAACGUUUCGGGCCCGAAAUCAAAUUUUCAAAUCGAAAUAUAAAGAAUCAGAACGCGGGUUCUGGCUAGUAAACUACUCCAUUCUGUUUCAUUAACUGAUAUUUUUAUCAUGUUAGAUGCAAAACUAUUGAAACCUCUACCUUGCAUGUAAACAACAACAGCUUUACGGGCCUGUUAAUUAUUGGGAAUUUCGAGAAACGGGCCCCAGCAGGUUUAAAUACAGUAACCGACUGUAACAACAAGGUUCCGCUAGUCCCCUCCUUUUGGAAAAGUCUGUGGUAUGCUUCCCCAGAAAACUUUGAAAUUUCAAAGCCCUAGGACGCGAUUUACCGCGUUCUUGUUUAUACUAGUUCAGGAGCGGAUCUAGAGCGGAUCUAGAGGGGAGGGUGAAAUGGGUGCGUCAGCAAAAUUAAGCAAUUAAAAAAUGUAAGGGCUACUGAGAACCAAUCAGAUUUCAUAAUUGGCAAGAAUGGUAUUAAUCUUUUUCAGACUAGCAAAAUGGAUAAAUCAAACACUAUGGAGAAUGAGAAACAGGCACAUAAAGAUGCCCCAGUUUCUGCAGAUCAACCGGUGUCACAUGUAAAGAGAAGUGAUCUCAGUCAUGUGAAAGAUCCAAGUGGUUCUACUGACCAACCUCUGUUACUGGGAUGUGGUGUCUUUGGACGUUGUUAUAAAAUGUAUUACAGAGGGAUUUCAGUUGCUGUUAAACAAUUUAACACACACCUGUCAUCAGAGUCCAGUGUUAUCAAAGAAGUAUCACUGAUGAAACAGUUGGAUCACCCAUGUUUUCCCUACGUUUAUGGUAUUUGUUUUCAAAGCAAACCUUACCUGUUAGUACUUCAGUUUUGCAAUGUGGAAAGCAAAGCAUACACUCUUCACAGGACGUUACAUAGCCGUACCUUGGUUUUAAAAAAUCAAGAGUGGUUUGAUGUCAUUUUGCAACUUCUAGAAGCACUCAAAGUGUUGCACAACUCUGGACUGAUUCAUCAGGAUAUAAAAGGUGAUAACAUCUUGCUUACAUACAAAAAUACACUGUUUAUGCCAGUAAUGAUUGAUUUUGGAAAGUGCAUUAGAAAACAGGAAGCCAGUAGAAAAGUUUUGUCCAAACAAGAACAAGAGACAUACAAACAGAAGUACACACAUGUUGCCCCUGAAGUUGUUGCAGGAACCCACCCUCCAUCUCAUGCAAGUGAUGUAUAUGCCCUUGGCCGUCUGUUAAGGCAGAUUGCAACCAAGAUUGGUUGCAAGCCACUUCUCUCACUUAGUGAAUGCAGCUUAAAGAAUGACCCAAAUGCUAGGGCUUCUUUGGAUCACCUCUUGGUCAGUGUCAAGUCUCUGUCAUCAUGA